AUGGAGGCUGCAUCAAUUAGAUGUAAAAAAAAUGUGUUUCUCCAUGGACAUCUUACAGAAAUAGUCUACAUGGAACAACCACUCGGCUUCGCUGAUUCUAACUUUCCCAUCCACGUUUGCACUAAGGCCCUUUACGGUUUGAAACAAGCACCACGUCCUUGGUUUCAACGCCUCAGUUCCUUUUUACUAGCAAAUGGUUUUACUUGCAGUUGUGUAGGCACCUCCUUAUUUGUCUUUGCUCAAGAUUCAUGCAUCAUGUAUCUCCUGGUGUAUGUGGACGUUCUCAUUCUUACUGGCAAUAAGGAGUCAGUCAUUACUUCCUUUACUACCCGGUUACAUAAUGAAUUUGAUAUCAAAGAUCUUGGUGAUCUUAGUUAUUUCCUCGGCUUAGAAGUAAGCUAUACUGACGAUGGACUUUUUCUCAGUCAAUCUAAAUAUGCCAAAGACGUCCUGACUCGUGCAGACUUACUUGAGUGUGCUCUUCAGUACUUAACAAUUACUAGACCUGAUCUCUCAUAUGCUGUCAAUCAAGCAAGUCAAUACCUCCAUGCCCCUACCGAUGCUCAUUUUCAAUCCGUUAAGAGGAUACUCCGAUAUGUUAAAGGUACGAUCUCGUAUGGGCUUAUUUUUCGUAAACCUCAAAUAAACAACAUUCUUGGUUACUCUGAUGCUGAUUGGGCACGUUGUCUUGAAACCCGUCAGUCUACAUAUGGUUAUUCAGUUUUCCUGGGUGGUAACUUAGUUUCAUGGAGUGCUAAGAAACAACCAACUGUUUCUUGA